GCUGCUGACGCCUGUGGCCAAAACCCGGAAAAGGAGGCACGAACUUUAUUCUCGCUGUGACACCUCUGCUGGUGGACUUUCUACUUUUAUCGUCAAUCUUCGUGAGCAAAACAAAAGCAAAUAAGAGGCGAAGCCUCAACGGGUCGUACGGAGACAGCUGAGCGCGUGUUCGUCUUGAGUUAAUCCGUCGGGGUUUUUUUUCCCCCUCUAAAGCGAAAGUAAAACGCAGAGGUGGCUGACCGUAUGGACGAGGACAUGGCGGAGGAGCCUUUGCGCAUGCAGCAGGAGCUCACCUGCCCCGUGUGUCAGGAGGUGUUCCGGGAGCCCGUGCUGCUGCCCUGCACCCACAGCCUCUGUCGGGAGUGUCUGCGGGGCAGCCUGCGGGUGAGCAGCCGCUGUCCCGUGUGCAGGGGCGAGUUCGCCGAGGCGCAGGCCAUCGCCGACCGCGCGCUCAGCAACGCCUGCGAGGUCUUCCUCCGACAGGCCCGCGCUGGCCGGCCGGACCAGAGGCGUGCGAGCGGGGACGAGUGCAAGAUGCACCUGCGGCCGCUGGAGCUGUACUGCGAGAGGGACGAGGAGCCCGUGUGCGUGGAGUGCGUCACGCUGCACAACACGCACAAGCUGUGGCCGCUGAGAGAGGGCGCGCCGCUGUGCAAGAAGGAGCUCCGCUUAAGAGUGGACAUUUUUGAAAAGAAAGUGGAAUCGUACAAGAAAAUGUCGCGCAAGCUCGGCAACGCAGUGGAACACAUCAAGUAUCAAGCUGUUCAGGCCGAGAAGCAGAUCAAGGCAGAGUUUGAGAGGCUCCACGAAGCGCUCGUCACGGAAGAAGCUCUGCGUCUACAAGCCCUGGUUACAGAGGAGGAGCAGAAGAUUGGUGCCAUAGAGGAGCUGAUUGCCAACACAGACAAGGACGUUGUCAAGCUCAAUAGGCUCAUCGACAGUCUGAAGAUUGAAAUGGGCAACGAGGAUCUUACCCUCCUGCAGAAUUUCAAGAAUUUAAAAAGAAAAGCCCAGUGGACUGGAGAAGACCCUUGCAUCCCCAAUGACUCUCUUUUGGACAUGGGCAAGCACGUUGGUACUUUGGGCUUCAAAAUCUGGAAGAAAAUGCAAGACCAUGUCAAAUAUUAUCCGGUGGUGCUGAACCCGAACACGGCCUCUCCAUGGCUGUCCGUGGAUGCUGACCUGACCAGUGUGAAGGAAAGCUCUGAGCUGCUGACCGUCGCUGAAAACCCGGAGCGCUUCAAUCCCUGUGUCUUUGUCCUGGGCGCUGAGGGCUACACCUCUGGGAAACAUAGAUGGGAUGUCAUUGUUGGUGACAGCCCUAAGUGGAUUGUGGGAGUAUGCAAAGAGUCGGUGGCCCGCAAAAAGAGGUUUACAGUCUCUACAAGCCGCGGUGUGUGGUCCAUAGGUCUCAGCAAAGGGGUGUACACUGCCCAAACACCUGAGCGUACGCAGCUGCAGGUGCAGCCAGGUCCCAGGAGGAUUCGCGUCAGGCUAAACAUAGAUAAGGGCGAGGUGUCCUUUUGGGAUGGGGAAACAGAAAAGCAUCUGAUCAGUUUUACACACAAUUUUAGUGAGAAGAUAUUUCCUUUAUUUGGCCCUGGGCUCACCAGUGAACCUAUGAUUCUGGUUCAAGGGAAAAUGGCUGUGCACACGUCAUGAUGAUGUUUUCGCCUAAACAUGGGCGUCGGACCCAUUGUACGUGGGUGGGAAAAGACCCACACACUUUUUAAGAGCAAUAAUAUUGGACCCACCCACUUUUACCAUCUCUAAUUCAGGGCAUUUGUCUAUUCACUCUGUGGUACUUCCAGAGCGCCAUCAGUCAAAUUAAAUUAAACUCCAUACCACGUUUUUUCCACCGGCUGCACAGAGUCACACAGGCCGCUCUCCCACUGAGGCAGCAGCAGACUGCACAGAGCACCGUAUGCACAUAUGCUGCUCAGGUGCUCAGGUGUCUGGCCGUGCCCACAUACUGUCACUACGUUGAUGAAUGUUCAAAAUUUGUUCGCCUGUUGCUUUUAAAGGCAUCAUGUAAAUAUUAGAUGCUGUUGUGUUAAUUUUUGGGAAACCUUGCCAGGUAUGUGGUAAUUGUUUUUGGGCUAUCAAAGCAAUUUCUCAUCUAACGAGGGUGAGUCUAACGCACGACCUCUGGCAUGAAAGAUGAAUGCGUUAUCAAAAGAGCUAAAUGCCUGAGCCUGAGAUACAGUGACGGGGAUUGAUCUCUAUACUCACUGCACAGCAUUCGACUGGCUGGCCUCUGUUAUACCUGAUUAAAACGCACCAGAAUACAGGAAAUGGCAUCUACUCGAGUAAAAAAAUUCUCAGGGAGGACACACACACUUUUUUUUGGGCUUUUCGACGCCCAUGUGCCUAAACCUGUAGAACUGAAAAGAAGAUAUUGAAAGAAAAAGCUUUUUUAGCAUGAUAACCCCGGCAACACAUGGAUGAAUUACAAAUGAAAAGAACAUCAAAUACAAGAUUACAAUCAGCCAGUGAGAAGUGAAGAACCAUAAUAAAAUUGUGGAAAAGAAUCAGUAAAGAUGUAAAAUGUGAUUUAACAUUCACUUGAUUUAGCAAACUAUCCACUGCACUGAGGGAGGUCACAGACACUUGCCCCGGUAUCCCUCUCUCAAUCAUAUUUUUUAUUUAUUGAGAUAAUGUGUUCAUACAUCUAAUAUAUUCAUACUGUAGUACAGUAAACAGACCAGAAAUAGGUUGGUCUGGGUGGAAAAAGUCUUGGGACAUUAGCAUACAAUAAUGGGUUGUCUGGGAAUAUGUGCUUGUUUUGCUAUUUUUUGGUGAUUAUCUCCUGGAAACUCUAUAGACUAUGACUGCUCUGAAUCUGUACAUGCAAAAAAAAGAACAUUCUGUCUCCGUGUGAACAAUUGUUCAAUAAAAUGUGAUACAAACAAA